AUGAAUUCUGACUCCAGCUCUGUCUCCAGCAGAGCUUCCUCGCCAGACAUGGAUGAGAUGUAUCUGAGAGACCACCACCACCACCACCACCAUCACCACCACCAAGACAGCCGGCUCAACUCUGUCUCCUCCACCCAGAACGACCUGGUGCAGAAGAUGUCCGGAGAAGGCCUCACCAGGAACGGCUCCAAGGCCGGAGGGGAAGGUAGCAAGUACAAAAUCAAGAAGCAGCUUUCGGAGCAGGACCUGCAGCAGCUGCGGCUGAAGAUCAACGGUCGGGAGCGUAAGAGGAUGCAUGACCUCAACCUCGCCAUGGACGGACUGCGGGAGGUGAUGCCCUACGCCCACGGACCUUCCGUGAGAAAACUCUCCAAAAUCGCCACCUUACUGCUAGCCAGAAACUAUAUCCUGAUGCUCACCAGCUCCCUGGAGGAGAUGAAGAGGCUGGUCGGGGAAAUCUACGGGGGGCACCACUCGGCCUUUCACUGCGGCACGGUGGGACACUCCACCGGGCACCCUCCCCACGCCGCCGGCACUGUGCACCAGGUGCACCCCAUCCUCGGCAGUGCCUUGUCCUCCGGGGCUGCUGCCAGCCCCCUCUCGGGCCGCCGACGGACCUGCCCCCGCUGCCUCUCGCCCCGCCAACCCCCCUCUUACCGAGCCUGCGACGCGACUGGGCUGCAAACGACAGUUGAGAGGAGGGCGAAGUCACCCUCUCUGUCCAGGAGCCGGCAGUCAGGUACCCGGGACCCGCCGCUAUCCCCAGCAGUGCUGCCUUGCCCUAAAGUAUCUCUGCCGCUCGGCCCCUCGGUCCUGGGGACGGAGGGCGCCUUGCCUCAACAAAAGGUCUCUUUGGAGACAUUUGACCCCCACUUAGCCACACAGAACCGUCCCGGCCUCUGCCUCGCAUUCCCUGGCAGCGCCGGGCUGUUUUCCAGCCGCGAAACAAGAGUGGGUGAACAGGCUUCUUCGCGUUUUUCCGUAGCAAAAGCGACCAAGCAGCUGCAUGAGCCUGAGACAGGAUUUUGA